AUGUUAUGGGUCAUGGUUUAUUCAACAGAAGCAGCCAGAUGGAAGGCAUAUCAAUUUAGUGAUCCAUUUUCUAGCGGGAGUUUCUAUGUCUGUAAUAAGACUAACCAUUAUUUUUGUCGUCCCGAUUGUGAUGCAAGACAAGUAACCAAUUUACGUUCUGAAAUAAUAUUUGUCGAUACUUCAGAGGAGGCAUUAAGGUUAGGAUAUACCCCAUGUGAAGCAUGUUCACCUAUGAGAUUGCCUCAUACAGAUGUGAAAAUGUUAAUUAACUGUGUGUCCCAUGUUAAUUCCCAAAUUGGUUUCUUAUCUCCUUUAAUGGAUGAAAAUGAAGAUUUAAAUAAUCGCAAGAUCAAGGAAAACAUUCUAGAGACCAUGAGAGCUAGAGGAGAUAGUAUGUCUAGUGGUGAAAUUUCAGGAAAUAGAAGAGCUUCUGCUCCUGUUGUUGGUUAUAAUGGGAACAAUUCAAGAGAUUACGACUCUCACACAUUAUCCAAAAAUGACUCAGAUCACUACCGGUUAGUUGAUUUGGCUUGUCGUCAUUUGGCUUUUGCUGCUGCUAAUAAUGUUUCACCAACUUCGUAUUCUCCAAAUGAGGCCUCGUCAUCUACUUCACCUGAUUUGCAAGGAUCUUCAUCUUCAUCUUGCAAGAGAAAGAGAAAGAGAAGAGGUGGAAUAUUGGGAUUCAAGGAAUUGGCUGCCAAAUCAAAACUUUCCCCAUGGCACUUCCAUCGUGUUUUCAAGUCGGUCACUGGGUUGACUCCUAAGAACUACGGUGAUAGGUGCUAUGAAUAUUUGAAAGCCAGUAAGGCGGAUAAACCGGACUUACACGGAGGCAGGCCACUGUCAAAGGAUUUACACUCAUCCAUAUCCAGAAAGUCGUCCCGCAAGAGACUUAUAUCAGGCUACAUUCCAAGUGAAGAAUUAUCUCCAAGAAAGAGAACAAAGAGUUUAGUAUCAGAAGAAAGCUAUGGUCUGUUUGAUAGAACACGUUCAGGACAAUCGAUGGAAGAAGCUGGUGUUCCAGCUACUUAUAGUACGUUAUCGUUUCCAGAUUUAAGCAAGUCUUAUGAUUAUUCCUCCUAUGAUGAUGACAGUCUGACCUCAAGUUCGAUGAACCAGCGUUUGCAUGCCAGUAGUGAAGGCGCAGAUAUGCCUAACUCUUCGUUGCAAAUGUUUUCACAAGAUUUCAACCUGGAAUUGAGCCCAGUUCAAACUCAGAUCCAUCAAACCUACUCACUGACGUCUUAUCCAAGUGGCUCUAGUUACUAUUUUAACAAGAGCCUAUCAUCUCUCAAUUAUCGCAAUUCACUUGUUGGCCAUUCUGCUGCAACACAGAGAGUGGGUGACUACAAUUUGACACUUUAUAACAACAGCCAGCAUGAGUUGACCAAUGGUUCAGGUUUGGAACGUCCUGCUAACAAUGCCGGGAGUUCUUUCUCCAGUAGCACUAGUGCUAGUCAUUCAGGUGAAGAAAUUCAACUUCAAGGAUUUGUUGAUCCAUUCAAUAACUAUUAUGGUGCUAAUAACACUAAUCAAUUCAAUUACAGUUACAACAAUGGCUUAAUAGCACCAUAUUCAAUAGCUAAUCCUGGUACUGGACCCCAAGCUACAAGUGGUACUCUUUUAGCACUUGGAUCAAGCGGAUCAAGCGAGCCACCUAACAUAGUUUCAACCAAUCCAGGUAACAAUGGAGAAGAUAUGUAUAAGACAGGAUCCGACAACCUACAAUUUGAACUUUUACAUGGUUAUUCUAACAUUUGA